AUGGCUGCCGCUGUUAAGAGGAAGCGUGGAGCUGAUGACCUGCCUGACCAACGCCCUGCCCCUGGCAUGCACGAGAGCGACUUUGGCAACCCAUACCAGAUGCCAGGCGAGGAGGAAGCCCACCACGACAUGAACUUUGCGGCAGCACUGUCGCAUCACAACAACGAUAUGGAGGGCCACGAACAUCCUCAGCACGAUCAAGGUCACCAUCCACAAGGACACGAAGAGAUGCACGAGGGCGGGAUUCCAAGCGCGAGCGACACUGCGGCUGCGGCGAUGGCUUACCAUACGAUGACUGUUCCACAAUCGACCGAGUCGGCAUUCAUGACACAACCCACUCAGGAGCCAGGUGACCGGCCUGGAAGUGCUGGCGUUGAUCCGAAUAAUCCAAAUGCGCAGAGGACCUCAAGCUUUGGCGACUUUGACAACAUCCUACCCAAGGACGGUCAGAACGCGCCAAAUGGCAACAUGUCACCAGGUGGGGCAGCAGGCAAUCAAAGCACGCCCAAGCCUCAAGUCGGCACUGAAGAGUGGCACAAGGUGCGACGAGACAAUCACAAAGAGGUCGAACGCAGACGCCGCGAAACCAUCAACGAAGGCAUCAACGAGCUCGCUAAAAUCGUGCCGGGCUGCGAAAAGAACAAAGGCAGCAUCCUCGCUCGCGCAGUCCAAUUCAUCACCCAGCUGAAGGAGAACGAAACCCAGAACAUCGAGAAAUGGACUCUCGAAAAGCUCCUCACCGAACAAGCCAUUGCCGAGCUCUCUUCCAGCUGCGACAAACUCAAAGCUGAAUGCCAGCGCGCCUGGGGUGAAGCCGAGCAGUGGAAGAAGGCAGCGCAGAAGGCUGGUGUCUCUAUUGAGGAUGAGAAGGCAGAUGCCGAUGCUGAGGAUGCGGAGUAG